CAUAUGUGAACUACAGACAGGUCAAGAAGAAUAGGUGGGAAAGAACAAAACUUUAAUAGAAGAAACUAACACCUGCCUCAGGCUGGAUUCAAACCCAUGAAUUCAGGAUUCUAUGCAUACGACUUAACAGAGGCGCCACUCAGUAGACACAGCUCAAGGGUCAGCAGAAAAGAGCUUACAUGCCAAAGAAUUCAGAAGUUAUAAGCAAUUCGAUAAGAACUGUUAUAGUUUAUAACCCCUAGGUGGCGCUAUUCUCUGGUUUCCUCAGGACAUCAUGCCGAAGCUCCCUACCGAUUUUUGCCCCGAUAUAUCCGAUACUUCAAAAGUUACAGCAAAUUAUCACAAAUUUCAAAAUGGCGGACAGGCGAUUUGGUCAAAGCCGGCAUAAUACAUAUCGACAGAUGCGGCAUGAGCCAAGGAAUCCGUAGACACCACGAUCUUAAUUUUCUGACAAACGAUUCAGUAGAUAUGGGCAAAAAUAGCCUUUUUUCAUAUCUCAUGACCCAUAGGUGGCGCUGUCACCAAAUUUGAUAUGGUCCCCCAGUUCAUGCUCAACAUGAAGUGUACCAAAUUUCAUUUCAAUUGAUCAAAGAAUGACUGAGGUACAGCUUCAGAACCAUUAUUGCAUCAACCUCGUUAAGUUCACGCAUUAAUAACUUUUGAAUAAAAAAAUAUCAAAAUUCUGUUCAGUCAUUUCUAUGCGGCUGACUCCAAAGAUCACCUGUGCCAAAUCUCAUAAGAAUUGAACCACAUUUGAAGGAGGAGUAGCGAAAAAACGAAAUACUGUACAUUUCAAAAUGGCCGCUCGUGUAAUGGGUGGAGUCUUAAUGUAAAGUAUCAAACUCAAUAAGCGGGAUGAGAGUAAGGGAAUCUAGUGGGUUCGUGGGAUUUUCGCCUAUUCUAAUAAAUUGCCAUUUGGCAACUUAGAGGGGCGAAUGGAUCGUAACCUCCAAAUGGACGCCCGAUCGCCAUGUAACCAAAUGACGGUUUGGCACUUUUCCCCUUACCCCCUGGUAAUGGCCCAAUUUCACCACUAAUGACGAAACGGACACCACAUGGGGCGCCCUCGUGCUGGGGCGGACCACCUGGACUCCCGUCGAGCCAUUAUCUUGCCCGCUUGGCAUCAAACUCAAUGUGGAUUUCCUCCUCAUGUCCCAUCAACUUUUUAAUGUGCCCACUGACCCAUUAGGGGGUCUUCCUCUUGCCCGCGGAGCAAGUAUUCUGCCCACUUGCCAUUUAAUAUUACUCAGUAGUCUUCCUCACCUCCCAUUAAACAACUAUUAUGCCCCCUGACCACUUACAGGUCUUCAUCAUGCCCACAGAGCAAUUAUUCUGCCCACUAGCCAUUUAUCCUUACUAAGUGGUCUUCCUCACCUCCCAUUAAACAACUAUUAUGCCCCCUGACCACUUACAGGUCUUCAUCAUGCCCACAGAGCAAUUAUUCAGCCCACUUGCCAUUUAUGCUUACUCAGUGGUCUUCCUCGCCUCCCAUAGAAGCAUUAUCAUGCCCACUUACCCACUAUCCCUCACCAAUGCCCCUCUCCCGCAUCCACGAACAACGUAUUAUGCCCCCUGACCGACGGCGCGCCGAAAUGCCACUUUGGCGGGCACGCUCGUGCUAUGACCGCGGGGCCUGUACAAAAAUAACAUUGAUUUAAUGGGAAACUGUUCGAUCUCCCGUACGCGCCGGCAACGUGCCCCGGGUUCGGGACUUUGCUUUUUGUGACGUCCUCAGGCUCCUGUUUCAUCGCCCCGGAGCACGGGCCCGCGGGUCUGUCUGGGGCCAAGUUUGGCGGGACGCGCAACGGGAGCCGAACGCCUUUGGCUGGUCGUUUAGGGGGUCGAAAGACACUCUUGCGUCCGUUUCGGUGCCCGGGAAGCCUUCUGGAGCAGCGCAAGACAAUUGCAUUCCUCGAUGACCACGGGGCCUGUACAAAAAUAACAUUGAUUUAAUGGGAAAGUGUUCGAUCUCCCGUACGCCCCGGGAACGUGUCUCGGGUUCGGGACUUUGCUUUUCGCGAUGUGCCGAGGCUCGUAUUUCGUCGCCCCAGAGCACGGGCCCGUGGGUCAUUCCGGGGCCAAGUUUGGCAGGACGCGAUACGGGAGACGAACGCCUUUGGCUGGUCGUUACGGGGGUCGAUAGAUACCCGUGUAUCCGUUUUGGUGCCCGGGAAGCCUUUCGGGAACAGCGCAACAAAAUCAUAUUAGUUGCAUGUACUAAAUUGCGAUCGGGCAGAAUAGCGGCGUAACUGACACGGUGAGGAAAAGUCCGAUGGACCCGAGCUUUCAGUAUGUCGCACGGCUAGCGAGGCACUGUCGGUGCGCGACGUUCCGCAGUCCCACGUGAUUCGGAACCGCAUGUCGCUCCGUUUCGGAACAUCACCGAUACGGUCUAGAGGCGCAAGUGCACCAGAAGGUUUGAAGAGGUUUUUUGCCUCAGAUGUCGCAAGAUCCCCUUUUCGGCACCCGGUGUCAAUAUGUCGCCCGGUGGCCCGGGACGUGCCGACUCGUGCGAUUUGGGGCCUGCGGAACCUUUUCGGAAGAAGCCCACGUUCAAUUUACGGCAAUUCUUUUCCGUAGCGGCUACGCUGACGUGUCCCGAUCGUUACGAAUUUUGAGUAUGUUUGUCGUCAAUAGUCCCUGACGCGCCCCAUGCGACGGCGUUAUCCUGCGACAUUGUUUACGCACCGCUAUGGCCAAAAAGAUUGGCAAAGACCGCGAAGGCACACUGUGAUAAAUCAGAGCCGGGCGAUCUCCCGCGCAGGCGAGAAAGGCCGCUCGACUCCGAAACUCCGCCCUCCCGUUACGUGGCCCGCCACUGUCUAAGUGUUGAAAUUGCGUCGCCGCAGAGUUUUCCCGAGCCGAGUUGCCAACCCUAGCCCUAACCCUAGCUUUAAGCCCACGUCCAAUUUAUCUCUUUGUCCUUUUUGUGGCCUACCCAUUUUGAAAAAUGCAUUGGUUUAAUGGGGAAAUGGGACAGCUCCCGUACGGGCCCGCUUCGUGAUAGCUGUAUGAAAUCGCAUGAGCGGGAACGUCAGGGGCCUGCGAUGCGGCCCCCAAAACCGCUCUGCUCCAAAGUGAAAUGCAAUUUAAGAUGGAAAUCUGAUUUUUGUUGAAAAUGCAAUAAUGGCAGAGUCCAUGCAUGACAAGAAUGAGGAGUUUUUUGGGGGAGGCUCUAAAAGCAGCGCAGCGACGCAUGCACUUGCGCGUCAAGGGUAUGAAUCGGGGGACCCGGGGGCAUGACAGUGUUCAUUUUUGGGGUCCCGGGGACUUUCUAAGGCCACGCGGGGAAAUGCCCAUUUGCAGUUUAUGUCCAUUAUUCUUUUUUGUGGCCUACUCCAAUGGCACUCAAUUCACUUCAAUGGCAUUUUAUUCCGAUUGCGCGUGGGCGGUGCCCCGUGCGGCUCAAGGGGGUUCUGUCAGGCUGAGCUCGACGUAUGAGUACCGCCUCUGUCCCGACAUGCAAAGGACAUAGUUUGGGGUGUACUGCAAUUAAUUGCACGUACUAAAUUGCGAUCGGGCAGAAUAGCGGCGUAACCGACGCGGUGAGGAAAAGUCCGAUGGGCCCGAGCUUUCAGUAUGUCGCACGGCUAGCGAGGCACUGUCGGUGCGCGACGUUCCGCAGUCCCACGUGAUUCGGAACCGCAUGUCGCUCCGUUUCGGAACCUCACCGAUACGGUCUAGAGGCGCAAGUGCACCAGAAGGUUUGAAGAGGUUUUUUGCCUCAGAUGUCGCAAGAUCCCCUUUUCGGCACCCGGUGUCAAUAUGUCGCCCGGUGGCCCGGGACGUGACGAGUCGUGCGAUUUGGGGCCUGCGGAACCUUUUCGGAAGAAGCCCACGUUCAAUUUACGGCAAUUCUUUUCCGUAGCGGCUACGCUGACGUGUCCCGAUCGUUACGAAUUUUGAGUAUGUUUGUCGUCAAUAGUCCCUGACGCGCCCCAUGCGACGGCGUUAUCCUGCGACAUUGUUUACGCACCGCUAUGGCCAAAAAGAUUGGCAAAGACCGCGAAGGCACACUGUGAUAAAUCAGAGCCGGGCGAUCUCCCGCGCAGGCGAGAAAGGCCGCUCGACUCCGAAACUCCGCCCUCCCGUUACGUGGCCCGCCACUGUCUACGUGUUGAAAUUGCGUCGCCGCAGAGUUUUCCCGAGCCGAGUUGCCGACCCUAGCCCUAACCCUAGCUUGAAGCCCACGUCCAAUUCGGAAAACACCAACUCGGCCAAGGAACGUCGUAGAGACGUGCGGUUGGUGUCAUUUGAAAGCUCCCUCGGCCCCCUUCAAAACGCCCCCACCCCCAGGUCUCUAGGACCUCCCCUUCCAGAGAUAUAACAAAUGAGCUUAAAUAUUCAAAUGCCCGUAGCUCCGCCCCCGAAUGGGACACGUCCUUGAACUUGGGCUUGUUGGAAAGGUCUGAUUCGGGCCUUUCCAACGAACCCAAGUUCAAGUCUCUCCGACCUUCCUCGGCCAAGUAAAAGAGCCCUAAACUUUAGCCUAUUUCACUCAAUUCACUUCAAUGGCAUUUUAUUCCGGUUGCUCGUGGGCGGUGCCCCGUGCGGCUCAAGGGGGUUCUGUCAGGCUGAACUCGACGUAUGAGUACCGCCUCUGUCCCGACAUGCAAAGGACAUAGUUUGGGGUGUGUGUAUUGCAAGUAAUUGCACUUACUAAAUUGCGAUCGGGCAGAAUAGCGGCGUAACCGACACGGUGAGGAAAAGUCCGAUGGGCCCGAGCUUUCAGUAUGUCGCACGGCUAGCGAGGCACUGUCGGUGCGCGACGUUCCGCAGUCCCACGUGAUUCCGAACCGCAUGUCGCUCCGUUUCGGAACCUCACCGAUAUGGUCUAGAAGUGCAAGUGCACCAGAAGGUUUGAAGAGGUUUUUUGCCUCAAAUGUCGCAAGAACCCCUUUUCGGCACCCGGUGUCAAUAUGUCGCCCGGUGGCCCGGGACGUGCCGAGUCGUGCGAUUUGGGGCCUGCGGAACCUUUUCGGAAGAAGCCCACGUUCAAUUUACGGCAAUUCUUUUCCGUAGCGGCUACGCUGACGUGUCCCGAUCGCUACGAAUUUUGAGUAUGUUUGUCGUCAAUAGUCCCUGACGCGCCCCAUGCGACGGCGUUAUCCUGCGACAUUGUUUACGCACCGCUAUGGCCAAAAAGAUUGGCAAAGACCGCGAAGGCACACUGUGAUAAAUCAGAGCCGGGCGAUCUCCCGCGCAGGCGAGAAAGGCCGCUCGACUCCGAAACUCCGCCCUCCCGUUACGUGGCCCGCCACUGUCUACGUGUUGAAAUUGCGUCGCCGCAGAGUUUUCCCGAGCCGAGUUGCCGACCCUAGCCCUAACCCUAGCUUGAAGCCCACGUCCAAUUCGGAAAACACCAACUCGGCCAAGGAACGUCGUAGAGACGUGCGGUUGGUGUCAUUUGAAAGCUCCCUCGGCCCCCUUCAAAACGCCCCCACCCCCAGGUCUCUAGGACCUCCCCUUCCGGAGAUAUAACAAAUGAGCUUAUAUAUUAAAAUGCCCGUAGCUCCGCCCCUGAGAGGGCCACGUCCUUGACCUUGGGCUUGUUGGAAAGGUCUGGUUCGGGCCUUUCCAACGAACCCAAACCUAAGUCUCUCCGACCUUCCUCGGCCGAGAAAACGAGCUCUGAAUACAAGCGUUUUUCACAAAUUUCAAUGCCCGUAGCUCCGCCCCUGAGAGGGCCACGUCCUUAACCUUGGGCUUGUUGGAAAGGUCUGGUUCGGGCCUUUCCAACGAACCCAAACGUAAGUCUCUCUGACCUUCCACGGCCGAGCAAAUGAGCUCUGAAUACAAGCGUUUUUCACAAAUUUUCUAAAGUGGAAAUCACCAACUCGGCCGAGGAACGUCGUAGAGACGUGCGGUUGGUGUCAUUUGAAAGCUCCCUCGGGCCCCUUCAAAACGCACCCACCCCCAGGUCUCUAGGACCUCCCCUUCCGGAGAUAUAACAAAUGAGCAUAUAUAUUCAAAUGCCCGUAGCUCCGCCCCGGAGAGGGCCACGUCCUUGACCUUGGGCUUAUUGGAAAGGUAUGGUUCGGGCCUUUCCAACGAACCCAAGUUCAAGUCUCUCCGACCUUCCUCGGCCAAGCAAAAGAGUCCUAAACUUUAGCCUAUUUCACAUAUUUUACUCACAAAAAAAACACAAAGUCCAAGCCUUUUUCACCCUAUUUCAAAGACCCGUAGCUCCGCCCCAGAGAGGGCUACGUCCUUGACCUUGGGCUUGUUGGAAAGGUCUGGUUCGGGCCUUUCCAACGAAUCCAAGUUCAAGUCUCUCCGAUCUUGCUGGGCCAAGAUAUAGCGCCCUGGAUAUUUUACUUUUUCACAACUUUCAAUGCCCGUAGCUCCGCCCCAGAGAGGGCCACGUCCUUGACCUUGGGCUUGUUGGAAAGGUCUGGUUCGGGCCUUUCCAACGAACCCAAGUUCAAGUCUCUCCGACCUUCCUCGGUCAAGCAAAAGAGCCCUAAACUUUAGCCUACUCCACAUGUUAUACUUAAAAAAAAACACAAAGUCCAAGCCUUUGUCACCCUAUUUUAAAGACCCGUAGCUCCGCCCCAGAGAGGGCUACGUCCUUGACCUUGGGCUUGUUGGAAAGGUCUGGUUUGGGCCUUUCCAACGAACCCAAAAGUAAGUCUUCGGUCGAGCAAAAGAGCCCUAAACUUUAGCCUAUUUCACAUGUUUUACUCACAUAAAAACACUAAGUCCAAGCCAAGGUCUGUGUGCACACUGUGACCUUUAACCUCCAUGAGCUAAAGUGAACAAAACAUUAUUAAUGUGUGUCAUAUGUGCAUACAAGGCCUGCGUGCACACUGCGUGUCGUAUGUGCAUACAGGGCCUAUGUGCAUGCUUUAUUAAUGUGUGUGAUAUGUGUAUAAUGUGCAUACAAGGCCUGUGUGCAUAAUGUGUGUCAUGUGUGCUUAAUGUGCAGACAAGGUCUGUGUGCACACUGUGACCUUUAACCUCCACAAGCUAAAGUGAACAAAGCUUUAUGAAUGUGUGUCAUAUGUGCAUAACGUGCAUACAAGGCCUGCGUGCACACUGCGUGUCAUAUGUGCAUACAGGACCUAUGUGCAUGCAUUAUUAAUGUGUGUGAUAUGUGUAUAGUGUGCAUACAAGGCCUGUGUGCACAAUGUGUGUCCUAUGUGCACAGAAGACCUGCGUGCACACUUUAACCUCCAUGAGCUAAAGUGAUAAAAGCAUCGUUGAUGUUUGUCAUAUGUGCAUAAUGUGCAUACAGGGCAUGCGGGCAUACUGUGACUCAACAAAGUGCACACUAAAUUUCAUAUAAUUAAUAAAAAAUUGAUUUAGAAUUAAUAAAGUAUACACUACUUAGUAUAGUUCAAUGGUAUUUAGCUGUCGUAGUCCACAAACUGCAAAGGAAAGUGCGUGUAGUCCACAAUCUGCAAAGGGAAGUGUGUGUAGUCCACAAACUGCACAGGAAAAAGGCUUGCGAUCCACAAUCUGCAUCAGACAUAUUUGUUUACAGAGUUGUUUACAAACUCAAGGGAUCAAUGCAGAUAGUCCACAAAUUUCAUAUCCCAUUUCAUAAUACUUUAAAUUGCCAAGUUACUUUAUAGAAGACCACAGUACCACUUCUGAUUUGUGAACGUUAGUGAUAGCUCUUUGAAUAUGGCAAUCGAUAGCUGCCCGAUCUGCUUUAAAAGCUUUUCUCAAUUGAGCCAGCACCUCCGGGUGACCCACGGGAUAAAGAACUUGACCGAGAGGAAGCUGCUCCUCGCGCUGCAGUCGGGUAGGGUCAGUGUCCGUGAGGGACACUGCCCUGUCCCGGGCUGCCAAAAGGAGACGUCGAGGCUGGACCGGCACCUAAAGUCUCACACAGAGCUCACGGUGGCAGCUCGCAGGGCAGCCGUGGCCGAGAUGAAGAGGAAGAAAGUCAUGUCGGACUUGGCUGCCCUGCGUGCCACGGGACCGGAGGUUCCAAUGGCUUCCACGCUUGACCUGGAGGAGGCGGAGGGCCGAGCGGAGAUGGCGAGCGGCGAUGAAGAAGUCUGUGAGCGGGGGGCUUGCCGGCAGGCGAGGGAGAUGGUGGCUGACCUCAACAGCCAGGUUGAGACCCUCUCUGGCACGUUAAGGGAACUGACCCGUCGGUUCCGAAAAAUGCAGCGGCGGUGGAAGAAGGGGCCUGCGGCGCACUUGAACCAAGUGACUCGUAAGUUAAUGGGGUCGUUCUCGGAUGACAGGGAGCACGACGGCGAGGAAGAUUUCGUGCCGCCUACCCCGCUGCAGCAUCCAUCCACCCCCCCGGCGUCCUCCUCCUCACAGCAGUCCAUUCCAAAUUCGCCUGGGCGCUCCGGCAAGUCCAGCCCCAACCCUCACUUCCCCGACCACGUCUCGGCCUUGAACGUCCUGAUGGAGCAGUACAGGGAUCAUCAAGAGGGGCCAGAUCCCACCCCGAAGCUCCGGGAGAACGUGAGCGGUAAAAUCUACCGCAUCCGAAAAUUUAUGGCGUACAUGGCGAUGGAGGGUGGAAGGCUUCAGACCCUCGAGUUUCUUGACAAUUCGGAGCGGUUCCGCAAGUGGGUGUCGAGCCUGAGGGUGACGGCAAUGAAAGAAACAACCUUGAACCACUAUUUAAAAAAUGUUUCCCAAUUUUUAGACUACAUUGCCGCCACCCCGCCUCCGACCUGCCGCCUCUCAAAGAAGGCCAUGUUGGGCAUCCGCAGGGAAGUGAAGUUGAUGCUGAGGUACAUGAGGCGCCCCGUCACUGUGCACCAGAUGUCGGUGAAGCGCAAGAAAGACGAGCGCCUCAUCAGCAAGGCCCUCUUGGGGCUUUGCAGAGAGCGCUCAAAGGCGGGGAUCAACGAGAAACUCGAGCAGCUGAAGUCUGAGAGGUCCCAAAAGGCACAGUACCUGCUUUACGGGUACAUGACGGCGUUCCUGGCCUCCAUCUAUGGCCACAGGUGCGGCGUUUACCAGAACAUGACCAUUGAGGAGGUCAGGAACGCCGUCCAUACGUCCGACACAUGGCUGAUAAAUGUCAACAUGCAUAAGACGAACCAGGCCUUCGGGCCUGCUCAGAUCGCCCUGAGCAAGGAGGAGUACGGAUGGUUCACGCGAUUCUUGGAAAUCAAGGAUGACCUUGUGGGCGGGCCUGGGGCAACAUUUUUCUUCUUCACUUCAUCCAAAAAACCGUGCAAAAACCUCAACAACUAUUUUCAAGCGGCGUGGGCGGAUAUGGGGCUUCCAGGGAGCCCCACGUUCACAGACCUCCGGUCCGCCAUUGCGACCCAUGCACGGAACGCGGCCGACACGGAGAGCCGUACCAAGAUGGCCCGUUUCAUGUGCCACGACACGCGCACGGCGGACAAAUUUUAUGCCUGCAAUCUGACGGCGAAGCAGGCGUGGGAGCACCGCACGCUCUUUGAGACGGCGCUGGAGGGGCCGGAUGCCACACCCGAAAAGAACACCGAAAGCCGUCCAAAAAAGGCGUCCCGGAAGCGGCCUGCUGCAGCGGUCCAGCCCGACUCCGAGUCGAUGUCCUCGGCGACGACGACCGAGGACGAAGACGAGCCGGUGUUCCAGGAGUCUGGCGUGUCUGCAUUGGAGUCUGACGAGUCUAACUCGGAAGACCACAGGGCUGGACCAUCGGCGAUUGCGCAGUGUAGAAAGCUGACGGUGACACUGACGCCACUGAAAAGGAAUCCACAUAAAAGGAGCAUCCAGAAGGUGAUGAAAAGCCCCUCCAGCGCCAAAUCGACACCAGGGAAACCGAAACGGCCAAAGGUCCAAAAGGUCUUCACUCCACAGGCCAUCGCCAAGGCAAAGGUGGCCCAGAAAAAGGUGAAGAAAAUGCUGAAGAAGCGUUCACAGAAAAAGAAGUGAUCCCCAGGCCUGCCCCAAGAUUUUUGGACUGUUCUACCCUGUUCUGCCCCGUUCUGCCCCGUUCUUACCCAUCUGCGUUCUGAACUGUUCUGCCCCGUUUUUUUCGUCGUUCUUAACUGUUUUGCCCCGUUCUUUCCCCCGUUACGAACUGUUCUGCCCCGUUCUGCCCCGUUCUUACCCCGCCCCGUUCUGCCCCAAUGUGCCCCGUUCUGCAUCGUUCUUUCACCGUUGUUAACUGUUCUGCCCCGUUCUGCCCCAAUGUGUCCCGUUCUGCCCUUAUGUUGCCCCGUUCUGCCCCGUUCUGCCCCGUUUUGCCCCAUUUUGCCCCGUUCUGCAUUUUUUUAAAUUGUUGCUGUUGAUGAUGCUGUUGUUGU